AUGGCCGUCAACAGCCUUUCGUACGUGAGGUAAGGAAGAGAAGACGCCGCCAUCCGGCCGCCGGGGGUAGACUGCCUCUGGCUAGGGAGGCUCCACCAGUCAGGAGCAGGGGCGGCGGCGCCGAGAGCGCACGCGCAGGAAGGAGACGCCGAGCGCACAUGCGCCCUUCUCCAGAUGGGCCUGAGAGAGAGAGCGAGAGAGAGCGCGAGCGCGCAUUCGUUCGGCCCCGCCCCCUCUGUCCGCUAGCCAAUCCGCAGCCAGGGGCCCGCCGCGCACGCGCAGUGUGGCGCUCCGAGGACGGUUGCGGCGGCGGCGGCAAGAGGCGUCGGCUGAGGUAAGCGGCGCAAGAUGGCGGCCGGGGAUGGGGGCGGCCGGGGAGGCAGGGUCCGCGCCUGAAGAGGCCUCGUUCUCCUUCCCCCGCUCGCCGCCUUGGCUCCGAGGCGUCGUCUUCGGCGGGAGAACCUUUCGUCCUCUGCCUGCGGGGCUUCUAAUCCUCAGGGAGGGAAAGGGCGGACCCUGAUUGGCUGCCCCCGGGUAGGCCUUUUCAGUUGCCAGGCAGAAGCCGGAAUGGAGGGGAGGAGGAGGGGGUGGAGCUGUUGUUAUAAUAAUAAUAGUAGUAGUAGUAAUAAUAAUAAUAAUAAUUUAUUUACUUAUGCCCCGCCCAUCUGGCUGGGUUUCCCCAGCCACUCUGGGCGGCUUCUAACAAAAUAUUAAAAAAAGAAUAAUUCAUCAAAUAUUAAGAGCUUCCCUAAACAGGGCUGCCUUGUGGUUGUUGUUAUUGUUAUUUAUUGUUUUGUUGUUGUUGUUACUACUACUACUACAGACCCUCCAAGUGUCCCUGUUUUCCAAGGACAGUUCCAGAUUUACAAAAGCUCUCCCAGUUUCUGAUAAGAUCCUGGAAUGUCCCGUUUCCCCUUAGGACGUCUCCUUAGGAAGGGAGAAAUGUUGGAGGGUAUGGAGUUAUCUGACCCCAGAGCCGUCGGAAAGCAAUCCUGUAGAGGGAAGUUAAUGUUUUUUUAUUCUAUUUUCUAUAUGUUGGAAGCUGCCCAGAGUGGCUGGGGAAACCCAGUCAGAUUGGGGGGGGGUAUAAAGAGUAAAAUUAUUAUGGCAUAGGACGUCCCUAUUUUCAUUAGAGAAAGGUUGGAGGGCAUAUUUCUGCCUUGGCCCAACCACGCUUGGAAUCCUGUGUUCAGUUCUGGGCCCCACAAUUUAAGAAGGUGAUCAACAAGUUGGAUUGUGUGGAGAAAAGAGUGACCCAGAGUCUGGAAACCAAUCCUGAGAAGGGAGCUGGGUAUGUUCAGUCUGGAGAAGAGGAGACUGGUGAGAUAGUUGCAAUCAAAAUUAUUCAACCCCCAAGGCUUAUUAUUAUUGGGCUUAUUAUCAAAAUUUGCAGACUUUCAGUUGUUUGCCAUGAGCAAAUCAAACAAAAGCAAUAGAAAUGACUCAUCGGAAGGGAUGCUUGAAGUGCCUUUCUCAAAUUCAGCUGAAAUUGCAGCUUAUAAAUUGUAAAUUUUGAUAAUAAACCCAGUUUGCAAUGGGGGUUGAAUAAUUUUGAUUGCAAGUAUAUGAAGGCCAGUUCUAAGUGUGAAGCUCUUCCCUUGUGUUUCACACUUCUUGUUCUUAGUUUGUGAGCCUGAAGGUAGUGGUUUGCUUUGUUCUGAUAAUUACAUGCAAGCCACUCUGGCAGCCUUUUUGGUGAACAGCUGAGUAACAAAUACUAUAAAUAAGAUAAAAUAAUGUGAUGUGUGUCAGGGCAAAAAUAUCCCUUAGCGUCACAUCUUUUCCCGGGGGGGGGGGGGGGUCUGAGCUGGCAGUGAUGGACCAGGAACGAGGCCUUGUGAUAAGAAUAAUAAUAUAUCUGGCUUCCCCCAGAGACUCUGGGGGGCCUCCAAUACAAAAUGACCUCAACCAUCAAAAACAGGGCUACCCUUGGAUGUCUGCCUUGGCAGUUGCACCUACCCUGGGGGACAACCUCCUGUCAGUUGUUAAGGAAGUAAACAACUAUCUGACUUUUAGAAGACAUCUAAAGGCCGUCCUCCUGUGUGCCUCCUCCUUAAGAGGUCUGGAGGGUGGCAACAUGAGAGCAGGGUCUUUUCUGCAGAGGCCUCUUACUUUUGGGAUGCUGUCCCCAGGGAGGCUUGCCUGGUUGCUUCCUUACUUUAGGCUCCAGGCAAAAAAAUUCCUCUUCUGCUAAGGCUUUGGCUGAUUGACAUCUGAUGCCCUUUUAAACUAUGUGUGGGGAAUUUGUUGUUGUUGUUUUAUUGUCAACUGCCCUGUAAUCCUCGGAUAAAGGGUAAUACAGAAAUUUAAUAAAUAAUAAUAGUAUUAAUAUGUACGCACUGGAGCUGAACAAUACUCCUACCUUCUGAAAAUGGCCAUCCAAGUAGGACUGAAAGCAUCACAAAGCUGUGUCACCCACCCACAACUUUGAUAGCUACCCUAAUAUAAUACCAUGAUCUGUAUUCCUAAUUAUCAGACCACCGGCUGUUAGGAUUCCUCCAUCCCUCCCUGGAGGACUAUCUUCAGCACAAGAGGACAACUGCACAUCCUCCAAGGAAUGGUCCCCUUCUAAGGGUUUGCUUGCCUCUUCCUUAGCUUGGUGUUCUUCUAGGGGAGCCUCAUUGUCCACAACAGCAUAGGAGCUAUCAUUCUGGCCUCAGAACCCAGUAGUAAAAUGCCCAAAUGCCUCAUCCUCUCUGCCUCUCUCAAUUUCUCUUGGUCAGCCACCCUGGCCUCAAGGACAGCAGGCCAACAGUCAUGCAUGCGACGCACAGUGCAGUACACUGGAAAGCCUCCGCACACCUCCUUCCUUUCUGAUUACAUUUUGUGUUUUUACUUUCAGCUUGGUGGUGGUGUCUGCUGUGAAUUGCUGCAGAUUUGGCAUUUCCCUCUGUAG